UGUCAAACGCCAGGUGUAUAACUAACCCCACCUGCAUCGCCGUUUCGUCUUGUGGGUUUUGGCGCAGCGGCCAGGGGGAGGAAACCGAAACGGUGGGAGGAACCAGAAGCAGGCGCGGCGGAGCAACGAGAAGAGGUGAGCUCUCGACUCACCCACCCAUGGAGUUUCCGCGUGCUUUGGCGAUCGGGAUCCCGAUUUGUCCCCUUCUUCCUCGCGUCUUCGAAUCACGCAGCGCAGCGUCGCCGGCCGCCAAACUGACGGGUGACGGUUACCCCACCGCCGCGUUUGCGUUUCGCAGGGACGAGUUGCUGGUGUCGGUGGAGCAGUUGCGACCGACCCAACCACCCGGUGCGCGGAGGAGGCCCCGAGGAUGGCGGAGCCGGCGGCGCUGGAACCGGAGCCGAGGCAGGCCGACGCCGCCGCCUUCUUCCGCGACUCUCCCCCGCGCGUCAUCAUUGAGAUCUUCCGCCGCCUUCCUGCGAGGUCGAUCCUGCGCCUCCGCUCGGUCUGCACGGUCUUGCGCGACGUCACGUCCUACCGUCCCCUCCUCGCCGCCGUCCACCUCCUCCACCCGCCGCAGCCGCUCAUCUGCUUCGGCCGCAACGCCUGCCCCGACCGCUACAUCCAGCUCAGGGACUACUGCGUCGAGGCCCUCGACCUCCGCUCCGACACGCUACGCCCCAUCUUCCGGUUCACCGACAACGAGUACUACAAUGACAUCGCGAACGACGAAGGUUUCGAACCUCCCCCCAUCUUCGUCUUCAGCAAGGACAAUAUCCACUACGGCGAGAUGGACGGCGACGGCGGCGGCCACGAUCCCCGGCUCAUGGUCCACGCCUCCAUCGACGGCCUUCUCCUCGUCUCCUUCAUCAACAGCUGGUACGUCUGCAACCCCGCCACGCGCCAGUGGGCUGCCCUCCCGGACCUCAGAGACUGCGACGUGAUUGGGCUCUACGAGCACGUCUCCUCCGGCGAGUACCGUGUGCUGUACCACACAGGCAAAGAUGAUGAGGAGGCAUCGACUUGCUACUACGUUCUCACGGUGGGCGCUCAGGAGGCCAGGAGCAUCGGGUGCCCCAUCUCGCCGGCGGCGACCGAGGACGUGGGGUUGGACAUCGGGCUGGAUCCUGCCUCGCUCUCCCCGCCCGUCCAGCUUCGCGGCAGCUUGCACUGGCCGCCGCAGGAGCGCCAAGGACACCACAUUCUGGUGUUCGACACAGAGGCCGAGGUGUUCAGCUGGAAGACCGCUCCCAAUCCCAUUACAAACGGAAGGAUGCAACUGCUUGAAAUGGAUCACAAGCUCGCCAUGUCCGUCUCCAAGAACGGCAAGCCAACGCUACAGCUCUGGCGUCUAGAGGAUUACAGCAACGACAUUUGGGUCCAGAUACGCCGGAUUACAAUUCAAGUGCCGCGGAUACCAGCUUUGCAGUACAUAGACUGGUUUCCACGUGUUGUCUCACCAGAAGGGGAUGUGCUGAUCGAGUGCGAGAACAAGCUGGUGUUACACUGUGACAGGAUUGGGAAUUUGCUUCAGAAGUUUCAGUUUCGUGAGGAGACACCGUUGGUUAGGCAUACCCUGAAGGAGACCCUUCUUCCUCAUGCAAUCUUUCUGGCGCCGAAGCCCGAUGAUGCUAUUGAACCGCCAUUCUUCCAGGGACUCUAGUCCGUGCUGGUGGUUGCAAUUUUUCAACAUCUGUGAUAUGCAUAAUACUGCAGUCUCUGUAGAUGAAGCUUGAAUCAACUAGCUUUCCUUUUCCCACUCUCUGAAGGUAGAAUCAUGAUCAGAUAUUCACAUUCUCUAUUCUCUAAUACUCUGAAUGUUGAAUGUUUGCUUAACUCUUGGUGAUGAAUGUAAAAGACUGGGGGGGUGCUGCUGUUGAGUAGGCUGGCUGUAGAGCAUAUUUGUUGUUUUCCAUUGACCUUGACUAAAUUUUCAAAGGGACCAUCUAUUUUGUUCCGGUGCAUUUCCUAUGAGCAUGUUUCCUGAAAUUUGCGUGUGAAAAUGUUCAGUGCCACGGGCACAGUCAUACUCCUGCUAAAAGGCUGAUGAUGGUAAAUGAUGUACCAUUCUGUUUCUCCUUUCCAGAAUUCAGUCAAUUAAUUUAAAAAUGCAUCUGAAGAACUUCUAUGACUUGGUAAAUGCUUCUCUUAGUAGAGCUAUGAAACUGAAAGUUUGAUCCUGCAUUUGAUCUGGCUGUUUUGGCUCAUAACUGUAUUUUGUUCCCAUUUUUCAAUAUGUCCAUUGACUUGAUCCAAAAUGCAAUUGGCUGUGAUAAAAUCCGACAAAGUGGUCAAACCCAAGUUGUGCUAGUGACGUGAUAAAAUCCUGAAUGGAACACAGCAGCUCCACUUCUCAGUUGAGGGAUCCACCAAAUUCCAGAGGUGCAAACACUGGUAGCGAACCAUAUGUCAACUAUUAACAUGAAUCUUAACCAAACCAUCCUAGGUUCACUGUAGAGUAAUGCUAUACCAGACCAGGUUCGGCACCUGAACCUUCUCACCGUCAAAGCCAUGUAACAGAGGAGUACUUGAUAUCGAGUUGCAUGAUACGUAACUGAUGAAAAUGCUCCAGCUAAAACGCCAUCGGUAAUGUUUGUUAUCAGAAAAAUCACUUGCCAAGGUAAGCAAAAUCGGGUUUGUGGGAGCGAACCAUUCAUUCCUGAAUGAAGAGCCAAAAGAAGAAGUAAUCUCAUCUGGAGACAAUGAAACCAGAACAUCAGUUUUUUCAGAAGUAUAGGGCAUACAUUGAUGUAAAAAUAACACCAGGUCAGCAACAGUGUCAAGGGCUUGACAUGGAACAAGCAAUAUAAUGCCUAUGGUUUGUUUGUAAUAAUUGCAGUAAAAAACAUAAAAAAGAAUUUAACAUGGAAAUUACCCACAGCAUGCAGUUUAGUAAAAGGUGGCACUGUUCCUCAAUUCCAGACCUACUGAGACUCUUAGGGAUAUAUUCAAAUUUUGACUGGCUGCGGUAUUCAGAAGCAAUACGAAAUUCAGCUCCCAACUUCCUUAGGACUUUGCGCCUCUGAAAUAAACUUUCCAACAAUUUCCGGAGGCCUUUUGUACUGUUUACCUUAGUCAAACUUAUCGCCACAGUGAAAACAUGACUAUGUAAACAAAAAAAAAUCAUAAAGCUGAUGAUCCUUCCAAACUAAACGAAAUGCAUGUGUAUUGAUCGAUGCAAUCUAAAAUUACUGUCAAAGGAGGUUAUUCCACCCAUGACGAUGUUCAGUUCUUUUUUUCUUUUUUUGAAGGAUAACGAUGUUCAGUUCGGAAAUGUCUUACACUUAGCAAGUCCAAGAGAACCGAAUGAAAGUUUUAACAGUAUAUUUAUUCUGCAAAAGAUCAGCAAGAAGAUGAAUGCCUGACAUUUAUGAAAUUCAGAAGAAUCAAAUAGCUGGCAAUGAUACCUGAGAGUGCCACAUGACCAAAUUGCUCCCAGGCAAUGGGUACCAUAUCGAAGGUCACAAAUGCAUCUACAACAUUACUCCCAACCAUUUGGUAUUGAGCAAUUUAUGAAUUCAGCAGUUCCAACUUUGAGACGCCAGAGAAAAAAGUACUUCAAAAUCUUCAAACAUAAUACGACACUGUUUCCCUAAAUUCUGAAUAUGUCCCACAGAUGUAGGAAAAUUUUGAUGAACACGAAUAUAUUCAUUUCCAAUAUUAUAGCAUUCCCCAUUCAACAGUCCCUAUGACCUGAAAAAUUCCUUAUUGUUGGUCUGGGACACUGAGACAAAGGGAUCCCAGAUGGGCUGGCCCAUAGACCUAAUUGGGCCAGGCCCAUCGUACGUAAGUCCAUUCUGUGUAAUUGGACUAGGCCCAUCGUACGUAAGUCCAUUUUGUGUCGAGCCUUCGUCAUCACAGUAAGGCUCCGUUUGGACGUAGAUAUUGGAGGAUUUGGUAUUGAAUUGGGUUCAAUACCAAAGCAGAUUAGUACUGGAAAUGGUUCACAAUACCAAAUCUAUUGUUUGAAUGUUAAUAAAAUUACAACUUGGAAUCGAACCAGUUGAUAAAUAUCGAUUCAUGUUUGGGUGUGUAUGCGGUGAAAUUGGAAUUGACUUAUCUUCUCCAUCUCUCCAACCAGCUGAGCAGGAAGGGGAGCAGCCGUGCGCAGGCCCCCGCCGCUGGCCGGCGCUCCACCCAGCCCUGCGCGCACAUCCGCCGUGCGGCUCGGUGCGGAAGGAAAAAGAGAAGGGAGUCGCGGUCGUGAGGAAGAGGAGGGGGAUGCGGCCACAGCCCGCGAGGGAGAGGUGGAAGGGACGCCGGCUGCGAGGAAGAAGAGGAGGAGGGCAGGAGGCCACAGCCGCGAGGAAGAGGAGGGGGCCACGGACGCGAGGAUCCCUAACCUUGGCGCCGGACGAGAGAGAAGAUCGAUGGGGAAUCUCCAGCGCCGGCUGCCGACGGUGAAGUUCUGGCGAUGGAGGUUGGGGCGGAGUUCGCGGCGAUGCGUAUCUGUGGCGGAGGUUGGGCGACGAAGAACGGGAGAAGAAGAGCAAGCCAAUUCAUCCCAACACGGAGGGGUGAGGCUCGGUUUCGAGGAAGCGUUGUUUUAAGUUCUAAUUGGAUUCCAUAGUACUGGUUGUUAAUACCAAUUCUCAAUUCCGUAAACAUCCCAACAACGAUAUUUGUUAGAUCCAAUUUCAAUUCUUAA